AUGUCGAUACAAGGACAGACUGUGCCACGCGUUCCACCCAUCACAGCCCGAGUGGGGCAGGCGUGUCAGAAAUGUUUUAAGUCGGUUGAAGAGGGAGUGGCGCUGAAGAUCUGUACGACCUGCCGACGCGUGAGAUACUGUAGUGCAGAAUGUCAGAAGGCAGAUUGGAAGAGUCAUAAGAGCAUGUGUAAAGCCCUUCACGCUGCUGAGAACGGUCCCGUGUUUUAUGACACGAUCGCUCCUUGGUUCGACGUCCCUCUGGACGGGAAGCCGGCGGACGAAGUCGCGCAGAAAAGCGCUCUCGCCGAGUUGCACACAGUCCAGGUCCAGAAGGGGAAAUCAUUCAAUGUGAUCGAACAGAACAUUAUAGGUUGGCAGCCGCGUUGUCUCGCGUGCGCGCGUACGGAUACGAUCCUGCGUAUGGAAGCGCGCGCUAAAGGCUCUGAAGCUGUCACAUUAUCCGAGUGCCCGGAUUGUCAUCUUGCGUUCUACUGUUCUGUUGAUCACUGGAACGCUGUGCGGGAGCAACACAGUCAACACCCUGACGAAGACGGAUACGCAGAUCUACCUCAGUGCGCAUUGAACCGCCAGAUUCGGCUGGACACUUUGUUCAAGACUUCGCUUCCUGACCAGGGUGAGACCGGAUUUCAAUGGGUGCCCGCACGUAUCAAGGAAGAAUGGACAUCCUUGAAUGGCGCCGAUUGGGGAAGCGAGUUCGGCGACCUUCUUCGUCAAGAACUUCAGCUAGAGACGCCUGAGCAAGUACAGAAAUCCAUUGCUUACGGCCCUAUGCUACGGUCCUCGACAGAGGGACUUAGCGCGCCGAUGUCGAUACUUUACGCUCUAGAGAACCUCUAUCCGGAUAACUCGUGGACGAAGAAGUCGACACUAUCCGUCCAUGUCCUCGGGCCGACGACGGACCGGGAACUGGCGGGCGCUAUGGCGUUCGAGGAGAUCCUGCAUCAACUGCCAGAUGUCAAGACACUGGAGAUCACGUUCUGUGGACCUGAGAUGCCUGGUCAAGCUUCGGAACAGUGGUUGGAGAUGGAGACUUGUCCAGAUUGCCGCAGGUUGGGCCGAAGGCGCAAACAGCGCAUUGUCAAAAGGAUGUACCAUGAAUAUGCUAAGCGCGGCGGCUCUUCUUAUUCGAAGCCAGAUCUUGCGAUCGCUUUUAACUCGGGUUGCUCUCAAGAAGAAGCAGAUACAUGGAAGCCCACAAUCAAGUUGCUGGUGGACGGACAUAUCCCGACGGUGUUUACGGCGUUCAAUCGAGAAGAAGGCGAGGCGGAGGGGAAACUCUUCACUGAGGUUGGAGCAACGCUUGUCCCAGCUCUAGGACCUCGCGUCAACCCAUGGGGAAGCUUAGUGCUUCAGAAGGAGGCGAACAGGGUCACUGGAUUCUACGCCGUCAAUGGCUGGCUGGCUGGGGGAUUCAAGUAA